CUUCACUUCCGCCUGCUUUCAACCUUUCUGUUCAAAUCCUUGCCUUGAUCUAGUCAUCUCUUUGCCUGUUCUUAUUGCGAGCAAUUUGAUAUCCAUACUUCCUCUUCAUACUCAACAACUAUCCAGCGAAACAUCAUUUAUCUCGGCAAUGGCAGAAGAAGAUACCACUACAACGCCUCCUAUACAGAAAACGAUUCCUAAACCUGAGUCGCCAACGACUGCUCACCCAUUGGACUUUAAUGAUGAAACUCAAGAAACCGGAGUCAUAUCUGCGUCAGGCGCCUCCCAGCAAGCUUCCACCGAAGCUCCCCCUCCCCCGCCAAAACCACCAAGGCCACUGAGCCCGAGACAGCAAGCAGAGAAUACUCUUAAAGAAGCUUUUCCCACGAUAGAUGCCGCCGUAGUUAAGGCUAUUCUGGUGGCAAGUGGUUGGAAUGUGGAAAGAGCCUUCCAUGCGCUUCUCGGUAUGACUGAUCCUAGUGUUCAAGAGGAAGCACCUCCGCCGAAACCGCCCCGUCCGUCGACAUCUACAACGCAGAGACAGCUGGAAGAGGAUGAGAUGUAUGCUCGUCAGCUUGCCGCGCAUUACAAUUCAGCACCGCGCCGUUCGCAGUACCCCGAUAGACGCGAUGAAUAUCCAUAUCGUCAGAGAGGGGGUGGUGAAUAUUUGGAAGAAGAAAAGGAAUACAGUUUCUUUGACGACGAUCUUCCGGUCAUUCGUGAGAAUAUCCGCAAAGGAUUCCUUGAUACGCAGUCCAAGGUCAACUCAUGGGUGCAGAACCUGAGGAAGAAGUUCGAGAAUGAAGAUGAAGACGACUUUCAAGAUAACCAAGGUCGCCGUACCCCCAGUCGCUCACGAGGGAGUGGGGAGCUGAGUCGUCGAAGUGGGGAUCGCGAGCGAUAUGAUGCAGAUCCUCAACUGCUGAGUGAUGAUUUCUCAGCACUCGAGCUGAGAGAUGGUGAAGCUCCUCCAUCGCGUCCUCCAAGAAGACCGCUAGCAAAUCCAGAUCUCUACAAAUCCUCGUCUCCUUCUCCAGACAGACGGAAAGUAUCUUUCCAGGAGGGACCUCCCACGGAGAUUGGCAGCUCCCGUGAUACACCCGAACCGGCCAAGGCACUGUCGACUGGAGGCAGGUCAAGCAAAUGGCAACCGUUGACCACAGUUGAGCCGUCGCCCAUCGGAGACAAUGAUCCAUUUAGCCUAGGUGAUAGUGAUGAUGAGAAAGACACGAAAUGGAAAGAGCAUAAUACCGAGGAAGGACCUUCAAAGAAAGAUACUACGGAGGCGGCUGGGGCUAGUGAGAGCGCAGGAAAAUAAAGCACCUGGUUGUUUGAUGGUCCUCGUUUAGUUCAUUCAUGACCUUAUCUCAUCAUUCAUUUCGCAGCACGCAAGUCAGUCCGAUGUUAUCAACGGAUCCUGACAGAAUAGUGGUUAUGCUAUUGGAGCGCAUGCUCCGUGCUUGGGAGUUGUGGUAGAUGGAUCUUCCAUCCACUGAAUACCAGAUAUUUCAAUGCCUGACAACAUAUACCCCAAUCCAUCAUAUAUACCCUUGUUUUUUUUCUGCUACCUUCAUCUAAUGAAUAACAGAACACAGGUGAUGCAAGAAUACACUUUAUAAUUGAAUGAUAUACGUUUCGUAUGCAUACAAUACCGAAGAGACCAUCCAGGAACUAUUCAACCACCACUGCACAGAUCAAGUACCAUCCUCACGCCAGUCCGCCCAGGGGCAUAGUAAUCAAGGACUUCUUCGCGAUCGUCAUAGCCACAGCGAGCAUAAAGCGCCCGAGCCGGUAUUCUGGCCUUAUCCACCCACAACUGGACAUACUGGCAUCCCUCCCUUUCAAGGCGUUGCCGAAUAUAAUCCAUAAGCUUUUGCCCCAAACCCUGCCUGCGGUAGGGUUCAGCAACACACACCUUGUGAAGAAAAGCGGUUCCUUUCUGUCGGACGUAGACUGCGUAAGCGAUCACGGGUGAACGCACAUUGCCAUGGGGUUGUGAGCGUGCACCUCCUGUUGCUGCUGCUACUGCUGGUGAAGCAGCCCUUCGGGUCAUAUACAAAACCCGUGUAUUGGGUUUCCUUUUCCAGAGUUCUUCGCCAAAUGGCAAUGCCUCGUUUGCCGGGAAUGUCUUCUUCUCGAUGCGGGUGAUUUGCGCGAGGAUAUCGAGCACUUCUUUCCGGUUCAAGGAAUGGAUGUCUGAGAUGGCCAUAUCAUUGGGUAUAUCCAUGCUCUUCUUUUCUUUCUUGGCUGGAUCAGAUCCACUUCUACAUUUGGAGGUGAUCUCAAUUUUUUUGGAAGGCGAAUUAAUUGUAUUGUC